UGUCGAAACGACGUCGUAGAAGCUGCCGCCGGCAUGUGAAAUUAGCUGUAAAAAUACUCAAAUGUUUGACUAAAUACAGAAAAUGUGCGCAUCUGUGACUAACACGUUUACCAAGAAGAAUGAUGCUGGUGCAGCUGUUUUGCGUGAACGGGCUUAUGAUUACUUGUACGAUCCCGUUCACACACUGUCAUCGGAGGCAGACCACACCAGGGCCAAUUUCAAGGCCUUUGCGUCCAGGUCUCGAAUAAGGAGAGUACCAGAGUUUGCAUCCAUGUUUAGUGACAACCCACGCUAUACUGUUAAACUAGACCCUGCAGUCCCGGAGCCAGCCUUUAUUGAUCUUCAGUGGCGAGGCCACACAGAACAGCACAAAGAGGCCCUGCAGCAGCUGGCUGGGAUUUCUCCAAAUGCUCAAACAUGGCUGAAAAGCAAGGAGUGCCGUGUAACCGGAGCGGAUUUCUGCAAAUACUUUAAACGCCCUCUCAUUCCCUUUGGGCAGCAGAUACCUCCUAGUGUGAUUUAUGCUUUGCCGAGAGAAGACUUUAUAACGUCUGAUGCUGAGCAACAACCCACCCACUUCACUGUUGGGGUCCAGACAGACUACAGGGAAAGUGAAACACAGACAGACCCGUACAGCCCAGAGUAUGUGAUUCAGCCCGGGACUACUCCCUCAGAGCUCCUGCAGAUGGCAGCUUUGACUUGGGGUCACGGUCUGCCUGCAGGCCUCGCAGAAGUGGAAAUGAUACAGCGAGCCCGUGCCAAGCGAGCUUGGGAGGCCAGUCUUCCUCCACUGAGUGACCUGAGCCAGCUCGACAAGAGGAGGCGUUUAAUGGAAGAGAUGGAGGCCAAAGAGUGGGCUUUCAGAGAAGGAGAAAUCGAGAAGUUGCAAGAGGCUCGUUUAGAGGUGCUAAAGGGCCUUCUGAGGCAGAGAGAUGAGGCUCAGAAAGAUGUCACAAAUGACAGACUGAACCAGAUAUAUUCUAAGCACCAGGAAGACAGGGAGACCAAGCUAAACAAAAUACACGCUGACUACAACAGGUCACUGAGAAAAUUAGAAGCUAAGAGGAAAAAUGUGGAGGGGAAGCUAGAGCGGUGUGUCAUAGCUUCUCAGACAUUUGUCCCCAGGAUCCGCGUUGGCAUUUUUCCCAGCAAGAACAUCAACAGCAUGCUGUCAACAAGACGCUACUUAGACACAUAUGAAGGUUUAGAAGAACUAGAGACGCAACUCAGUGCUACAGUACUGAAGUCAAAGAGAGAAAGAACAAAACCCAAAGUCUCCGAGGAUGUGAUGAAGCCUCCUGAGAGCAGAGCUGUGCAGUUGCUGAAGAAAUACAAGAAUCUCAAGCAGAAGCAGGAUGACCACGCAUCUUUGAGGACUUUACGUUUUCUUCUCAGAAAGGAGACGCCUGUUCCUCAUCCUGUCACUCCCACAGUGGAAACGCCACCUGAGGGGGAAGAAGAGAAAGAACUUGCUGUAAUCUUCUUGCAGAAACUACUGCGAGGACGAAGGAUCCAAUAUGAGAUGUUUAAGGGCAAGGAGAAACAUCAGGAUCUCAUCCGGGAACUGAGGACUAUCCAUGCCCUGAAGAGGGAAGAGCAGGAGCUACAGAAGGCUGACAAAGAGCACGUCAUGAUGCUGAAUAAACAAAGAGACAAACGCAGACUUGAGAUUUUUCAACAGGAAGCGCAUCAAGCUGGAGUAGUAGGGGCAGAACUAGAACAAGUGUUUGACACAUUGUCCAAGGAGCUGAUUCGUCUCCAGGACGAGCGAAGGAUCCACGCCUUUACACUGCUGGCUGAGAGAGACCGUCGAAUGCGAGAGGCCGAGGAGAGUGGAAGGAGGCAGGUAGAGGAGCGAAGACGCAAAGAGGAAGACGAGAUCUUCAGACAAGUGGUGCAGGUCCAUCAGGAGACUGUGGACAUGUAUUUAGAAGAGAUCAUCUUGGGGACCAUUGAGCACAUAGCCGACCAGCAGGCGCGGGAGGAGAUCCACAAGAGGGCAAAGGAGGUCAACGACAUUGCUUAUGCUGUUGAGGAAAGUAGCCGGGAUAAUCUUCAGUCAGAGGAGAUUGUGUCAGAGCUGGUGUACAGCUUCCUUAUCCCGGAGGUAAAGAAGAUCGGUGUCAGGGAAAGAGUGCACCAGAAGCAGCAUAGACACUUACAGGCAGCUCGGAACAUCAUUGAAGGGACUUCAGAUGCUCCUGAGCUCCUGAACAGUACUCUGGAAGCGUCAAAAUUUACCUGUCCUGGUAUAAAAGCUUCCAGUCAAGUCCUGGAAGAGACAAUGAGCCAACCGCUGCAGGGGAAGGAAGCAGAGCAGCACGAUGCUCAAACUGAGUAAAAGAAAAGACUAGAAUAUUAAAAGUGUUCUGCAUUGCAAUCUAUAAUGUCUAAAAGUUGUUGUGAUAUUAUUAAAGUGAUGGUUUAAUAAUCAUUCUGGGUUGUUUUAUAUUGAAGCCAUUUUAUUAGUGUUACUUAAUUAUUUAAUGUUUUGACACCUUGUCUGUCUGUCCACGUAAAAGCAGCUCUUUCAUGUCAGAGCUCGAUGAGAGGCUUUUGUGAAAGCAAAGGGGGCAUAGCAUUGUAAAGAUUAGCUAGGUCAGUGCUGGAGUUUCUCAUGUUCCCCUUACACUACACCUCUAAGCAGUAAUUAAUUUAAUUUAAUUUGACAUGAAAUGUUUGAAGAAGUCUUUCUGCUUUUACUCCACCACGUUUUGGAAACAAAUGUUGUGUUUUAUGCGGUAAAUGAUCUAUUUGAACCCUUUGAAGCAUAGACAUGAAUUAAUUGCCAGAAAUUAUAUAUUUUAUUUAUUUAUUUUGAAAAAGGAGAUUAUUGAACCUUGUGAUGAAUUAAAAAAAAUCUUUAUUAUUGUAGGUGUUUUAAUUUAUGUCAUAUUUGCUACAUCUGUUUUGUAAUUUAUUUAUAUUUAGCUAUGUAUUUCUUUAAAAUGCAUUGUGCAAUUUAUGUAAGUUUUUUGGGGGAAAAACACUCUGAUGAUGAAGAAGCCUCAAAAACUAAUUCAAACAUGAUAAUCCAGGGUUAACCUUAGUUGUUUUUUGUUUGUUUUUGAUUUGAUUGGAUUAUUACAGAUUAAGAUACCCAGCAACACACAAGCAAUUAAAAUAA